AUGCUGAUUAUUGUUUUUCACGUUUUCCUAUUCAUAUUCGCGAUCAACGGGUGCCGCAAGAAAAAAGCCGCCCAGCCGCCACCUCCUGGCGGGCCACCCAAAUUUCAUCCACCGCCGGCGCAUAAUUAUUCCGGCGAGAAGCUCUCCAAAACCCUCGAGGCGCCACAGGUCGAAACGCAAGAAGACAUCCGCCAACGAAUACUCGCCGCCAUAGCACUGAAGCAGAAAAAGGACGAAGAAGCCGGGAUCCCAGCCCUCGAGCGCGUCCCCAACGCAAAUGGCAAAUCGGCCGAGGACCCGAAGCUCAAGGACCAGAAAUUUGAACUCUUCGCUGUU